GGGAAGGGUACCUUUCUGCAGAUCCCAUUUGGACUCUCCACUUGAACAAGUGAGGUGUCUGAUUUUCCUCUUUGGUACCUUCCUCUCCUCCCCCUCCCUUCGCCUCAUCCCCAUUUCAUCUUUCAUCACCACCUGGGUCCUACUGCUUGGCACCCAACCAACUGGAUGCCGCCACGUUUGGCAGUGCUGCACUGGCACGUGAACAGUGUCUCAGAUCCUGGCACUGCGGCAAACCCAAAGCCACCAAACAUGCUCAUGAUGGCACUUGGUGGCAGUCAGGGAGAGGGGGCUGUGCACAUAGCGGUGCCAGGCAUUGGGUGGAGCUCUGUGUAGGGAACUGGCAUGAGAGGAUGCCCUUAACAACUGGGCUGAGUCAGCACUCCCUCGUCAAUCUCAGCUCUGCCUUCCUCCCAACUAGAUAUCCACCUCCCUCCUACCGUUACUGCCCCCAAGAAAGGGAUUUAGAUGGUAUCAUACUGAGUGUUUGAGCACCAUGCGAAAGGAAACGAGCACAGAGGGACAGGCUAUAGCACAGGCUGUAGACACACCCAAGGCUCCAGGCCAGUAGACCAUACAUAUCCUUGGACAACAAGAACAGAAAAAUAAAACCCUAGGAGGGCUAAAGGAGGUGGAGAGAGGGACACCAGCUGUGUUGUUACCAGGAUGGCACAAGAAGAGAUUGGAAGGCAAGUAGGAAGGAAUGACCCUCAGACUUUGCUCUUGGGUGAUGGGGUGGUUUGUACCUAUGCAUAUUUCAUUCUGCCUUGUACCUUGUGAUUUGCUGAGCUGUGGUUGAGAUGAACUGGUUCUUUCUCCCUUGUUAAAAGGUCCAUAUUCAAUAAUAGUCCUAGGAAGAUGGAAAGGUGCUCUAGGCCUAGAGAGGUAGACAGGUGUUAGGAAGACAAAGGGACUUGUCCUUCCAGAAAGACUAUGCAAGGCACCCAGUUAGAGUUGGAUAGAUUUCCAUAUCUUUGAAAUCCACCCCAAGAAGGGAGAUGGGAUCAGCAAUGAUCCCUGGUAGAGGGGGAGGCCCCUAGGAGGAGAAUCCCCAGCAACUGUGGUGAUACAGACUAGCCCUCACAUAACUAGACCUUGGGCCCCCAAUCUGAAAGAAUUUCAAGUAGCUUUGGCUUUCCUAAUGACUGGGCAGAUCUUCAGAUCUGGAAGAUUUGACUGUGGGUGAUGUGGAAGGGAGGCUGGGUGGCUCUGGGAGAUAGGACCUGCCCAGAGGUAGGAGUAAAGUCCAUGCUGGGCUGAGCUGCUCAGGGCUGGGGAAGUUCUGAUUUCAGCAUCUCUGGAAGUGUAUGGCCACUUCAGAAGAAGCAAGGUGUUUUCCACAGCAGAGAAGAAAGCAGGGAGACACUCAGCCAAAGUGGGAUGAAUGACUGUCUUAAGACAGAUUACGGUGGGAGAUUUGGAGAAUCAGUGAUCUGGUCUAUAAGCCCUGAAAGUGGUUAAGAAACAAGUACAAAGAAUUAAGCAGAUGGGUGCUAUUAUGCCUGGAAUAAAAGGCUUGCUCUUUUGCCCCCCAAAUUCCAGGGUUCCAGGUAGCAUGGCCCAGGGCUUGAUAGAGGUGGAGCGAAAGUUCCUUCCAGGGCCUGGCACAGAGGAACGGCUGCAGGAGUUGGGGGGCACCCUGGAGCACCGGGUCACCUUCCGAGACACCUACUAUGACACCCCUGAGCUGAGCCUUAUGCAGGCUGACCACUGGCUGCGACGACGAGAGGAUAGUGGAUGGGAGCUCAAAUGUCCUGGAGCAGCAGGUGUCUUAGGACACCACACGGAGUAUAAGGAACUCACAGCGGAACCUACAAUUGUGGCCCAGCUCUGUAAGGUGCUGGGGGCUGACGGCCUGGGGGCUGGAGAUGUGGCUGCUGUCCUGGGCCCAUUGGGGCUGCAGGAAGUAGCUAGUUUUGUGACUAAGCGGAGUGCCUGGAAACUGGUACUCUUGGGAACUGAUGAAGAGGAGCCACAGCUCAGGGUGGACUUGGAUACAGCCGACUUUGGCUAUGCUGUGGGUGAGGUAGAGGCCCUGGUGCAUGAGGAGGCUGAAGUACCAGCUGCCCUAGAGAAGAUCCACAGGCUCAGCAGCAUGCUUGGUGUGCCUGCACAGGAGACAGCACCAGCCAAGCUGAUCGUGUACCUACAGCGUUUCCGGCCUCAAGACUAUCAGCGCCUGCUAGAAGUGAACAGCUCCAAGCAGAGGCCACAGGCGACUGAAGAUCCUGAUAACUGCCUGGGCUAGGGGUGUCACUUCCUAGAAUGGGAAGGGAACGCUGGGUCUAAUGGAAUCCACUCCUGGCCCACUGUGCCUCUCCCCUCAGCGUCCCUUCUGACAGUGACUCCUCUCUCUCUAGUUCUGCCUGUUUCUUCCCCCUACUCUAAGCUACUCUUCCUUGAGCCCUCCCUGGCUGCUGCUUCUUCCCUCAUCCGUCAGAUGCAAUCUGUGGGCCGCCCCUCUCCCCUGGCCGCUAAGCAGCCUCCAUUGAUUUCCGCUCGUGUUUAUAGGAUUUCCACUUAGCCGUGAUCAGUAGUUAAGCACAGGAAAAUCCCUUGCCACCCCCCUCCCUUGGUCGAUGCCAUUGAUUCUGCCAGCAGCUCCUAAACCGCCUUACAGCUGAGUUAGACGAUGAGGGGAGGCAGCAGGGAUUUCCCUGCCUUGGGGUGUGGGAAAUAGAAGCAAGUUGAGGAAAUGGUUGGGAAUCCCAGUUAGAACUCUAGAAAUUCUAAUCUGAUUUUGCCACUGUGCCCAGCUCUGGCCCAGAGGGUAGAGUGCCGCCUGUAGAAGUUUGGGGCAAAUUUGUUCCCUGACCUGAAGCGGGUUAGAAAGAACCAGCAGCCGCCCCAUCCCCGCCCCUGUGUUGAGACAGGUUCUCAAGGUUCAGGGGAAGAUGCAUACCUCUUAUGUAAGAAUGCUUUUCCCUUGCUGUUAUUCAUACACAUUUUCCACUUCAAAUAUAUCCAAAUAUGGCUUUCCUCCC